CAAUACAAGCCUGAACCUCAACAACGAGUCGUUCCAAUCCGUUGUGUUUUGUGAACUUGUGAUCGCCGUAGUGGUCAGCCGUGGUCCUCGCCCAGCGCAAUCGGUCCAUAUAUGCACGAAAUUACAACUGCUAUCUGACACACACCUGCUGAUGCGAUCGGUCAGCUAGAAAAAAAAACUCCGAUAAGUGGUAUCUAUACUGUUUUCUGGUGCAUCGUAGCAGCCGGUCAUAAUUUCACGGGAGAACAGCAGCCCCUUGACCCUUGUACAGAAGAGAGCAACCUGUACAUAUCAGCAGGUCGUCGUUCAACAGGCUUGUGUGCUUUGCUCAAAUCACGAUUCAGGACCAGGUGCCGCGAGUAUACUGUUGUGGGCUAUGCCCACGCCGUGUGCACAUGAAGGCCAAAAGCUUCCUGUUGCUGGCGGGUUGCAUUGUGGGCACCAGCAUUGUCGUCUGCCUGUACGGUGACCCUAAGCCCACGUUGAAUGGUAUUGUGUCUGAGACACACAGGCAACUGAACAACCUCAAACGUCUUAAGGUAGUGCCAGAGCAUGAACCACAAGAGUUGGAGCGCUACCUCGUCCACCUGGGACUGGCGGUGGGCAAGAGCUCUACUGCUGCUGGUCCUCAGCAUGGUUCAUCCUCACCUCUGGUGCCCUCUAUGGCACCAGUGACCCCGUGGCCGCCAGCGGGAUCCUCGCUACCGGUAGUAGGAACAGCCCUAACAGGCGAACAGCUCUCACGGUUGCCAGGUUUUCUCGAAGCUUGCCAGACACACUUUGCAGACCAUCCGGUUGCCAUCUAUGCACUUGACUUCAGUGCUGCACAAGUUAUGACUGCUCACAAUCUGUGCAACUCGAGCAACUGCACACUGCGUCAACUUGACUUUUCUUUCUACCCGUCACAUAUCAGCAACCUUAAGAUCUAUGCGUACAGGCCCAUCGUUAUACAGGAGCUCCUGCGUCAGUCGGGAGCCGUGUUGUGGAUCGACCCAGAGUACCAGUUGAGUGGGAGCCCAGAACGGGUGCUGGAUAAGGUACGCCGGGAAGGACUGGGAGCGCCCCAGGCUCCAGGGCACCAACCCACCUCUGCACUGACUCACCUAGGAAUGUUUGAGUACUUGCACGCUUCUAGAGAGGCCUUCUUCUUCCAGCGCAUGAUCAAUCCUACUGUUCUGCUAGUCUUCGAUUCGCCGCAGGUGCGCUAUAACCUGAUGCUUCCUUGGGUGAGAUGCGCGCUGGUACCGGAAUGCAUAGCCCCCGUUGGAGCACAAAGUACAGGAUGCCGCUUCGACAAAAAGCCUCUCUAUCGCUACUCUGGGUGCCACAGGUACGACGCCUCGGCGCUGAACGUCAUUCUAGGAAUGCACUACGGAAACAACAAGCAGCCUUACAUAUUUUCUGAGCAAGAUCACUUCUUCCGGAAAGUGCCCGAUGGAACGGAUUUAGCUUCACCUAGUGCGAGUCCCGUUUCUCCAAAUGGUAACAACACUGGUCACGUAGUACGAUGACAUUCUUUGAUGGCUAACGAUAAUUACGAUACUUGAGAGGGUAGAAUGUGGCUGCACACAAAGGUAUCUCAGACACUCCUAAAGAAGUGGGAACUAUGUUAAGUAUUUCACGAUCCGCUGUGCCAUUGCUCAGUGAAGCUUGAAAGAUGACGUGCACGGGAAAACCUCGACAUCGUGACUUGUAUGUGAUGCAAUCUAUCAGCUGGACAUUCGCUUUGUUGUGCUUGAACGAGUCUCGCACAGCACACAUGUAGUGCUUUCGAACACAUACGAUGCCUCUGCAUUGGGAUCAUAUGGCGCGGCUAGUUUCUGAAACUACGUGCCUACGUGCUUGACAUACAUGAGGACGGUUGGUGUGUAUGUGCGGGGUGAAACUGGUGAUGCGCAGAGGUGGCAACACUGCUCUGUUGGGGGGACUCAAAAUGUGUGACAAUCUUCAGGCAUUAAUUUACUCUUGUUGCGAAUAAUAUUCAUUUAGUAUGAGUUCCGUAUGUGGCCAUAGUAUAUCAAAAAAGUCAGUUCUUUUCUGCGUUACCAUUGUUUGCAUUGUGCACGGUCUGGUCUGGUGUUUUCUUCUUGCUUUGAUGUGAUUUAAUGUUAGGUUGUAAAGCAUGCCAGCGUAGCUGAAGUGUGUUAUUUAUUUUGCACUUGCUGAGGUGGCUGAGGUAUCUGUCCUCUUCAGCUAGCAUAGUAGCUGCCAUACUAGUCAUUUGUUUUUGUUGUUACCAUUGUACACAUUUUCUACACAUUUGUUUCUUUCCUUGAACAAUCGCAAAACAUAUACUGAGUAGAGAACAAUUGUGAUACACUCAGUUAACUUUCGUUCCUAUUUCUCAACAUAAAGACAUGCACAUGUAUGGCACACAGAGGUUGUACUGAAGUUGUCUGAGGUUGUAUGAUGGAUCGUACCUACAUUCCAGUGAGUGUGCGCAUUGUUGCUUGUCUGUUUACAUCCUACAGAUGUGUUUUGGCACAGUGGAACUCCUCGUUGACACCAUUGCUGAAUACCAGCACGGCUAUAUCCACAUUAUGUAUUUUUGUACAUGCACUGAUUCACAUUUCACAACGAGUGAUGUAUGCAUGAUAGUACUUGUGGAAUAAAAUGCUGUAGGGAAUGUUAAACAAUGAA